ACUUCUUCUGCCAUACAUCACCUGUACUUUACUAGGAAUAGCGAUAACCAUUUGGUAUCGGGGAUGUGAUCCCGGGCUGUCUGGAGCGAUAAAGAGCAUUGAUCAGAUUAUACCCCACUAUCUUACCACUGAACUUAUCAGCAUACCAGGACUCGUAGGCCUCUACCUGGCUGGUGUAGUAAGUGCCGGAACAAGCACGAUAUCAUCAGCAAUAAAUUCUGAAGCAGCAAUACUCUACGUCGACGUUAUCUCUCACGUGUACAAAAGAGCGGACGAGCACGUGCUGUUGAUAACGCGCUGCACCGCUCUUAUUCUAGGCGUGAUGAUGACAGCGUAUAGCUCACUGGUUAUAAAGAUGGGAUCUCUAACCCGGAUACUCCUAAUGGUUAAUACAGCCGUCACGGCGCCGUUUGUCGGAUUGUGCAUCCUGGCUGUGUUGUUUCCUUUUGUUCACUGCAAGGGCGCUGGCAUAUCUACACUACUCAUGGUUGUGUACCAGCUGUGGCACAUGGCGGGAGUAAUCAAAACAGGAACCGGAGCACGAAGGCUUCCAGUAUCUACUGAAUACUGCACUGCAAACCAAAGCACGUUUUUAUCGCCUAGCGUUUCUUCGACUGCGCCAAGCUUGCAGACAGAAGAGCCUUUCUUUGUGUUUCGCCUUUCGUACUUCUGGAGCAGCUUCUUUUCGUUCAUUGGAACUAUUGUGCUAGCAGUAAUUAUAAGUGCUGUCACAGGUGAGACCGAAUUUGAUUAUUUGUGUCGUAUGAGCUCCCCACGCGCCCGGGCCCCGGUGCCGUUUUUUGUCACCACACUCGGCCAUGAGUGCGAGCGCGCGGAGCUGGCAACAGCGCCUUUGGUGGUGGUGCGGGCUGUAUCGCGGUGGACGGUCUCGACCCCGCUGGAACUUGGUUCGGGGAUCGGCCAGAAGUUUCUCUGGUGA